AUGGCCACAUUAGAGAAGAAGAAGGGCGACCUCGGGCGCGUCCUCGUCAUUGGCGGCAAUGGCUUCCUUGGGCACCACGUCGUCAACCAGGCGCUCGACCUCUGGAACUCGACUCACGUCUCCUCGAUCGACCUGCGCUGCGAGAAGUUUCGCAGGCCCGAGGUGACCUACAAGGAGUGCGACAUUACCGACCGGGAGAAGCUGCUCUCCGUGAUCGAGGAGCUCAAGCCGGACGUCGUGAUCCACACAGCCUCUCCCAUCGCCUCGGACCACGCCAAUGCGAAGGAGGUCUUCCAAAAGGUCAACGUGGAGGGAACCGAUUCCGUCAUCGAGGCGUGCCAGAAGGCGGGCGUCAAGGCGCUGGUCAACACCAGCUCGGCGAGCGUUGUCAGCGACGAUGUGAAGGAUCUCCUCAACGCGGACGAGCGGUGGCCCGUCAUCAGAGGGGAUCAGCAGAACUCGUACUACUCCGAGACCAAGGCCGCCGCCGAAGAGGCCGUUCUCGCCGCCAACCGCAAAGAGCCCUACAAGCUCCUCACCUGCUCCAUCCGUCCGUCCGGCAUCUUUGGCGAGGGCGACAACCAGACGAUCCCCGGCUUCCUUGCCGCCUACAUGAACAACAAGCACAAGGUGCAGAUUGGCGACAACAAGAACCUUUUCGACUUCACCUAUGUCGGCAACGUCUCGCACGGUCUCCUGCUCGCCGCGCACGCCCUACUCGUCACGGCUGGCGCCUCGACCGCGCCCCUCGACUACGAAAAGGUCGACGGCGAGGCCUUCUUCAUCACAAACGACAGCCCCGUCUUCUUUUGGGACUUUGCACGCUCCGUGUGGGCGGCCGCCGGCGACACGAGCGGCACGGCCGGCACGUGGCACCUUGGCCAGGGCGUCGGUAGCACGCUGGGCGUCUUGAGCGAGAUCUUUGGCAGCAUCACCGGCAAGACGCCCACCUUUAACAAGAAGAAGGUCACCAUGACCUGCAUGACUAGGUAUUUCAACAUCGCCAAGGCCAAGCGCGUGUUGCGCUACGAGCCCCAGUGGACGUUGCAGGAAGGUGUCACGAGAGGCGUGGAGUGGUUCUUGGAGCAGGACAAGGCGGCGGCAGUCAAGGCUCAAUAA